CCGCGCCGCACCGCCGCUCAGUCGCGAUCGAGCUGCCGAGCCGCCACGCCGCACCCCGUCGUCCUCGUCCGCGCGCGAACACGUGCUCCCUGCCGCCGGUAGUGUCAAGUGCGAUCCAAGUCAGCAGCCAGCGAAGCAAGCGAAGCCAUGGCCGACGGCGGAGUCAAGAGGGACAUCCCCAUCAAGCACCUGGGCGACUUCAGCGUCCUGGACUCCGAGUUCAGCAACAUCCGCGAGCGCUUCGACAACGAGAUGAGGAAGAUGGAGGAUGAAAUGACACGGUUCCGGUCCGAGCUCAUGAACCACGAGAGCAACUUCUUCAAGACGUCCACCAGCCACAGAUCGGAGACCUCAGAAACCAAGACCUCCAGCAGCAGCACGUCGAGCGGUACAAUACGAGACUCCGGCCCCGGUCUCUUAGGCUCCACCAGGUUCCCAAACUUCCCUCCAAUGGGCUCAGCCUUCGAAAAAUUCUCCAGCACGACUAGCUCUUCCAACACGACCCAGCAGGGCGGCGGCCCCAUCGCCAGCGGCCCCGCCAGCGGCCCCAGCACCUGGCUGGACGGCCUGCACAGCCCCCUCAUCCAGGAGGACGGCGGCGACAAGAAGCUCAAGUUGAGGUUCGACGUGUCGCAGUACGCCCCGGAGGAGAUCGUCGUCAAGACCGUCGACAACAAGCUUCUGGUCCACGCCAAGCACGAGGAGAAGACGGACAGCAAGUCGGUGUACCGCGAGUACAACCGGGAGUUCCUCCUGCCCAAGGGCACCAACCCCGAGUCCAUCAAGUCCUCCCUCAGCAAAGACGGCGUGCUCACCGUGGAGGCCCCCCUGCCCCAGGCCGCGCUCGGCCCCGCGGAGAAGAUGAUCCCCAUCGCCCACUGAGUGGCUCGCGGAGGACAAUUCGAACUUCCCGCCUCAACCACCCUGCAUCACCCCACCACCAGCGCCAUCUCUCGGCGGGCGGACCAACCCCUCGCGGCGCCCCCGGGGACCCCACAUUGGCGGUCCGAGCCGGCGGCCCGCGCGAGGACCUAUUGUCUAAAACAACUCGCUGUGCAGUUGUGGUAGAGGAAAUAGAGAUUGGGCGGCUCGCCGAGUGAGCGCAGGGACAGUGAAGCAUUUCAAUCGUUAUAAGGGAUGAAAACAGAUGGAAGCUAACCCACACUUGGCUGAUGGUGCAACAAAGAAUUUAUUUAUUUAUUAUUUUUACUUUAAAAGUAUUAAUACUGUACGAGUACGUUGAAAUUGGCAUUAUUAAUGAUAAUUUAAGCGCCUAACGGACAUGAUAAUGGAACAGACAGUCUGUUGUUUUGUUGAAGAAUGCAUUUUGUUUAAAUUUGAUAUUAUGUCAUUUGCUUGUGACGUCUGGCCUCGCUGGGAAACAAGUACAAGUGGCUUUUAAAUUGUUCUUUGAAUUAUACUAGUGAUAUUAUGCUUCAUAUUCUAAUACUGGAUGACCCGUAGAAAAAUUAAGUGAUUGUACUGCUGUAAAUUGUAGAGGAACUAGUCUACCGCCUUAAAUGUGCAAUCUUUCGCCUCCUAGGACUAAGUGUGCUUAGCAUUUCUCUCAUGGAUGUUUAAUUGCCAACCCCCUUACUUUGUUGUCUGUUAUUUGUAGAAUGUAGAUGCCCCUAGCAAAUUCCUCUCUAUUCCAGGAAUUGUUUUAAUUUCCACGAUUGCCUCUCAUCAUCCAGCCCUUUUUACCACCCGAGAUAAUGGUUUCCAAUGAUAUUUUUUUGACUGUUUUGUAUUUUUCAAUGUAUAGCAUUCUUAUGUGACAUAUUUUUGUUCUUUUAAAUAAAUUUAGACAUUGUUAUUG